AUGGUCGGUGCGUUCCUCGCGGAGGGCGUGAUCGCGCGGGCGGCGGAGCGCGGCAUUCUCGAUCUGGCCGUGCACGAUCUGCGCCGGUUUGCGGCGGAUCGGCGCGGCACGGUCGACGAUGUCCCGUACGGCGGCGGCCCCGGCAUGGUGAUGAAGCCGGAGCCGUUCGUGCGGGCGGUAAGGCAUCUACGGGAGCAGCGCGGAGUGCCGGACGCUGUCGUGCUGACGUCCCCGCAGGGGACGGUUCUGACGCACGACGUGGCGGUGCGGUUGAGCCGCCUGAAGCACAUCGUGUUGCUGUGUGGCCGGUACGAGGGUAUCGACGAGCGGGUGCGCGAGCAGGUGGCGACCGAGGAGCUGUCGAUCGGUGAUUACGUGGUGAGUGGCGGCGAGUUGCCGGCAAUGGUCGUCGUGGAAGCGGUCGCACGGCACCUGCCGGGCGUCGUGGGCGACGCCGAGUCGGUCCGGCGCGAUUCGUUCGUGCGCAACCUGCUCGACUGGCCGCACUACACGCUCCGGCCGAGCUCGACGGCUGGCGGGUGCCGGACGUAUUGA